AUGAUGGCCGUUGAUGAAGAGGAGCAUAGCGCGGGGGGGAGUGGCGGCGGGAAAGGCCUGGACGAGCCGAAUAUGGAGGCGGCGUCUCUGGACGCGUUGGAGAAAGAUUUCCAGGAGGUCCUGACGGAACUCGUGGGCGAUAAGAGCCUCGAGCGGUUCCGGCUCGAGUACGAAAAGCUCCACCGGGCGCUCAAGAAGAGCAACAUGCAGGAGAAGAAGCUCAUCAAAAAGUGCCGCGAACUGAACGGCGAGAUCGUGAACAACGCGGCCAAGGUCCAAACGGCGCUGAAACUGAGCCAGGAAGACCAGACUACGAUCUCGUCGUUGAAAAAGGAAAUGGAGAAGGCGUGGAAGAUGGUUGAUGCGUCCCACGAAAAGGAGAUUCGAGCAAAGGAAACGAUCACGCAGCUCAAGGACGAGAUCACCAACCUCAGUCGACUCGUGGAACAGGGAGCUGGACUGAGUGUGGGUCAAGAAAAUGCAAUGAAGGAGCUUGUGCGGGUCAAGGAAGAGCUAAGUCGCAACAACGACGAACAUGAGACGAACGCCCGCAAGGACCAUGCACGAAUUCAGGAGCUGCACGUCAAGAUCGCCGAGAUGGAGGAGGGCAAGCGAGUCCAGGCGCUCGAAGUGCAGGCGCUCAAGGACAAGCUGCAGCUCAAAGCUAACGAACAAGAGCGGGAGAACCGACGAAAGGAGCGCCUGGACAAAGAAAUCAAAGACGUCAAGGUCAAGUUGGAGCGCAAGAGCGUUGAAAACAUUGCGUUGUCGACGGACAUCGGACGCGCCACGACCCAAGUGCAGGCGCUCGAGAAGCAACUCGCCGAAGCCCAAGCAACCAUGGAGAAAUACGUCCGGGACUACGAAACGCUGUACAACCGAUCCCAGAAGUUGACCGAGCUCUUGAAUGACCAGAACGACAAGAACAUGCAGUUGGAGGUUGAACGGCGCGAAUUUGAAGCGGAGAUCAAGGCCAAGAACGACGACAUUACGAAACUCAAGCUCGAGAAGAACAUGGCGGAGCGCAAGAUCGACAAAGAGAAGCGCAACACGCAAAAAGUCGAGGCGAAACUCGAGGAAGAAUGCACAAACAAGCUCGUGCUGCAGACACAGAUCAAAUCGAUGCAGAAAGAUUUGGACUCGGACAAACGGGUCGAAGAGGCACAAAAGGCUGAGUUGGACGCCCUCGAGCGUGAACGGACUAUCCAGAUCAAGGCGGCGCAGAAGGCGGAGGAGCGCGCGCGCAUGAUUGGGGACGAAGUCAAGACAAACGAGCGCAUCGCCAAGAACUUGGAGGCCGAGCUGAACGGGUACAAGCAGGAAGCGACCAAGCAGCGCAAGCUCAUCUACCAGCUCGAAAAGGAACGCGAAAAGUACGGGAUCGAAGCGUCCGAGCAGCGGAACCUGUUUGUCCAGGCACAGGAAGAAAUCAAGCUCAAGGACAUGCGUAUCUACGAGAUGCAGAAGAAGGUCACAGAGGGCGACGGCAAGCUUAAGCAACAGCAGCAGCUCUACGAAGCAGUCCGGAGCGACCGCAACCUGUACAGCAAGAACCUUAUCGAGUCCCAGGACGAGAUCGCCGAAAUGAAGCGCAAGUUUAAGAUCAUCAACCACCAGAUCGAACAGCUCAAGGAAGAGGUGUCCGCCAAGGACCACGCCCUCGUCAAGGAGCAUUUUGACCACCAAAAGGUCGAGAAGCAGCGCGAGCAGCACAAGAACGAACUCGCGCGCCUGCGGACGCUCUUGGCGACCAACGAAGAAACGAUCAACAACCAGGACGCCGAGAUUCGGAAACUCACGACCAUGAUCCGCCGCAUGGACGACGAAGCGCUUGAGCAAAAGAAAGAGUACGACCAAGUGAUCAACGAGCGCGACAUUCUCGGCACCCAGCUCAUUCGACGCAACGACGAACUCGCUCUCCUGUACGAGAAGCUCAAGAUCCAGCAGUCGACUCUAAGCAAAGGCGAGACGCAGUACCAAGAGCGGAUGGCAGACAUCCGUGUACUGAAGCUCAAGAUCACCGACAUGAAGCGAGAGCUCCACAUCGCCAAGCAUCAAGUGGGUCAGUUGGACGACCUGAAGCGGGAGGUGUACCAUCUCCAGCGCGAAUUGCUCCAGGAAAAAACCAAGGUGAAGGCACUCAGUGAAGAGCUUGAGAACCCGAUGAACGUGCAUCGGUGGCGCAAGUUGGAGGGGUCGGAUCCGGCCACGUACGAAAUGAUCCAGAAGAUCCAGACGCUGCAAAAGCGGUUGAUCCAAAAGACCGAGGAGGUGGUCGAGAAAGACUUGAUCGUGCACGAAAAGGACAAGCUGUAUGUCGAGCUCAAGAACAUUCUGGCGCGGCAGCCGGGGCCCGAAGUUGCUGAGCAACUCAGCGUGUACCAGCAAACGCUGCGCGACAAGGACAAGCAACUCAAGGCCCUCCUGAGCGAGCAAAACAUGUUCCAGUCCAAGGAAAACGAACUCAAGUUCGAAAUCGAACGACUCGCCCGCGAACUCCACGACGUCAAGCGCAAGUACUACAAGAUGAAGCUCGAAGAAAAGCUCGCCGACACACCCCACCAGCUCCCGACACUGCUCAAGAUGCCGCCCCAAGACAAAGCCAAGGCGCUUGUCGAGGCGCAAAAGCAGCUUGCGAUCACGUCGUCCAAGCGGUACAUCGGCGGCGGGUUCAGCCUCAACCAGUAG